AUGUUAAUAGAAGAAAAGAAAGGAUUCAAUAUUCUACUAAUUGGUGAUUAUGGGUAUAUAUAAAUCUCUAAAUUCAUAUCUAGGGUUGGCAAAACAACACUUAUAAAUUAAAUUAUUAAUAACGGUUUCUCUGAAUCACAUUGUACUACCUUAGGCAUAGAUAUUACAAAAUAGGAAAUCAAAGUUGAAAAUUCUAAGUACUAUUUAAAUGUAACAUCUCUCAAUGGUACUUUUAGUUUUUGGAUAUAUCAGGAUAAGGAAAAUUCUAAACCAUCAACUAAUCAAUAUAUAAAAGAGCUGAUUGUUUGUGUUGUAGUUAAUGAUUUAACUGAUCAAUUUGGGCCAAAAUCACUCUAGAAGUGGGUGAACAGUUUUUUAGAAUAUCGCCAGUUAGAUCCUAAAGAUAAAUUUCCUAUCAUUGUGGUAGGAACACAUUUGGAUAAUUUGGUACGGAUUGAUUCAUUAGAAAAUUAUAAAACUUUUUAGGUUUCACUAAAAGAUUAAUAUUCAGUUGAAUAAAUUUCACAAGCCGUUAUCAAUGCUACUUCACUAAAAUUUCAUUAGACAAUAAAGGAACAAGUUGAAAUCAAUCCUUUUAGUUUAAAGUUUACAAAUUCAGUUAAUACAGAAUUUGAAGGCUUAGAAUAGAUAUUAUCAUCAAUUAAAGAGAGUAAAACAAAAAUGCUUGGAGAUUACAAAAAAUAAUAGAAAAUCUCUAAGAUUGGAAAAAAAAAUAAAUGA